GAAGAAGAAGAAGGCAACAAAGGCCCCUGUAAAAAGGCAGGUCGCCAGUCUUUGAAUCAGACAGAGGAGCGAGAGCGCGAGCUGAAUCUUCCCCUCUCUUCUUUUUCUUUUCUCGCUCAGUUUAUUGGACGACGGAGGAGACCGCCGCCGCCGCGAGGUACUGCUACUAAUACUAACACCUGCGAUUGCGAUCAUUUCCGUUUUGUUUUCCUCUCUCCGGUGAACUCCCGGCGGAGGCGGAGUUUCUCUGAGGAUUUUCAUGGAAAUUCUGAACACGGAGAUUGGUUGUGGAAUCGGUUUUGGUUUUUGGGCGUUUCUGUAAGAUAUGGCGGGGGAGAGCUCCGUGACAUUUUUUAUUUUAAUAUUAUUUUUUGUUUGGUUUUGUGGCCACUCCCAAUUGAAAUUGAGCCUGAAAUGGCGGAGGAAACAGGUGGUAUUUUUAGCGUGUGGAGAACAAUUGAAUGCGAAAUUCGCAAAGUAAAAAUCGCUUCCUUCCCCUUAAAUUACGAAAGCGGAGACGCUUUGCUGCCUUUUUUUUGUGUUGGGUGUAAGGCGAAGUUUGCCCUUCGUUUCAUUCGCUGCAUGUUCAUCCUUUCCCCUUUCGUUUCCCGCUCCUUUGUAUGAUCAACCGCGAUGCGAUUGUCGUUCGGAAUCCAGGAAAUACGUGAUUCAUGGAUGAGUACUCUGGUAAGAGAGGGCCUGAUGGCCUCUUGGUCUCCAGGAAAGGAUCUUCACUUGUUCUACGAGACACUGGCAAUAACAAAGACAAGAAUGGCCAGUUCUGCAAUCGGAUAGGGUGCAGUGGCAGAUUAAACCCUGCAAAAGGUUCUACACAAAUUAACUUUUCUGGCAAACCCCAAUCCUCAAGGGCAUCCAUUCGUCCUUCCUCAAGUGGCAAGGAAAUUGUUGGGAGUUCCUCUAGGACUUAUUCAGCCAUCAGCACUAGGAAACCGUUGCCGGAAUGUCGGAAGAAAUUUUCUUCUCGGGUAGAACCUGAUUCUUCUUCUGAGAGUGUUGGCAUUCAGGAUGACCCUGAUGUUCCAGAACUCGAACCUUCCUCAAGAAAGCUUCAUAAAGGUAACCAGUCCUCUGCUUCGGAAGCUCAUACCGGUGAGAUUCCCUCCUCUACACAACUGAGAAGCUCAAAUUUAGCAUCCAGUAAUAUGUCCCAUGGAGAUUUUCAUCAGAGGUCAAUAUUAGGCCAUCCACAUACUCUAGCAAGCUCUUCUAGUUCACUGUCAUUGAAGAAUACAGUACAAGGAAGACGCUCAAAUGUGGGCAGAAAUGGUCUGAGAAAUUUUAGGUGCAAUUCAGUAGCGGAUGUUGUUGUCUCUUCAGGUUCAACAUCAUCUUCAGACUCGAGCCUUAACAAAAGAAAGGACCCAGUGAAGAAAAGAGUCUGUCAUGCAGAGAGUAGUAGUUCCUCUGCCAGGGGUAAAAAGAUGACUAACUCACUUCCAGAAGGGCGGAUUUCUACUCCUACUUCAGGCAUUUCCAUUUCGGAUUCUAGAAGAGCCAGAACUGUGCCUCCUAUUAGGGAUAAUCCGGUGUCAUCUGUUAGGACUAGAAGAUCAGUAACUGGUUUUAAUUACAAUAGACCUCAAGGGGCUAGAAACAAUUUAUCUCUCACUGAAGCGCAUGCUUUGGUCCCUCAAAUUCCGCAGCAUGACAUGAGUAUUGACCUCAGUAGCCCUACUACUUCAUCACAUCAGUUCUUAAUGGAACCCCUAGGUCACCCUUCAUUUAGUCGACCUGGUAGCAGCAGUGCAAGUUCAAGGGGUAUUAGGCCAUCUAGUCCUACUGCAGAUAUCAGCAACAUGAGAUCCUUUCUAAACAGGGAGAAUUUCAGACGCUACAACAUGGAUGGAGUUGCUGAGGUACUGUUGGCACUUGAGAGGAUUGAACAGGAUGAAGAGCUCACAUAUGAGCAAUUGCUUGUUCUGGAGACCAACUUGUUCCUUAGCGGGCUGAACUUCCACGACCAGCACCGUGAUAUGCGACUGGACAUAGAUAACAUGUCUUACGAGGAAUUGUUAGCUUUGGAAGAGAGAAUGGGUAAUGUGAGCACAGCAGUGAAGGAGGACGAAUUGUCAGAUUGCCUGAAGACUAGCAUCUAUCAGUUGGUAUCCAUGGAGCGCUCAUCUAGGAACCCUGGCGCAGAUAUGGAGGAUAUUAAAUGCAGCAUUUGCCAGGAGGAGUAUGGCGAUGGAGAUGAACUGGGGCGGUUACGAUGUGAGCACGAGUAUCAUUUGAACUGCAUACAUCAAUGGUUGAGGCUGAAGAACUGGUGCCCAGUCUGUAAGUCAGCAGCAGUAGUGCCCACCCAGCUCGCAUCAUCUCCUUUGUCUCCCCCGCCGUCAUUACUUUGAUGGUUUUUCUUCAUUUUGUACAAAAAUUUCUUGUUUCGGGUCGCUUCCUUCUCCCCCUCUCCACUCUUCUUGAAGAAGAUUUCAAUUUUUUUUUUCUCUUUGGAUUUUUGGUUUCUGGGUUUUGUGUACAUAGAGGAUAUAAUGGUGAUUUUGAUAGAAAAGACUAAUAAGUUGUGGCAACUCAUUGCCUCAACAUUGAUAUAAUGGAAAAGAAAAUAUCUUGUGACUAAGAAAGAAAGGUUGCCAAUGGAAAUCCUUCAGAUUUUGCUUGA